AUGGCCAGGACAGGUUAUCAAAGGUCAAUUCCCUUUGAUCCCCAAAUAUUUUCAUUACAGAAACUCGGCGGACGUGUGGUAUGCAAGAUCUGCCCGCAGCGUAAUGGGAAGCGGCGAGAUAUGAAGACCUGUCAUGUUGCUGAACACUGCGCUACCAAAAUUCAUAAGGACAGCCUUAUCCUUAGUUUGCGCACUCAGGAGAAGAAAAUUUGUUCACUGCCUGCCCAGUCACCGUCACCGUCACCUCCCCUCACUCCCGCUGCUCAUUCCCGCAUGGACUACGAUAUUCCACCACUGGAAGACCCAGAGAGACCAAUAACACCUUCCUUCCCUUUGGUGAUGAGUACGGAGGAUGAUGACAGCGGCCAUGACCAUGAACUCGAAUUACCACAACUGUGGGAUCCAUCAACACGAAUGUUUGCGCUUGAGGAACCCGACCUUUACAGUGAACUUAUUGCUGCUCGAAACCGGGGUGACGCACUCUUUACGUGCUCUCUUCAGCCACUUGCAGAUGAACUUGGACUUGAUGAUGACGACAUGCUGGACCCUCCUCCUGACGAUAACAAAUUUGGACUGUUCUUGGAGGGUGAAGAGGAUCACAUCAACAAUCAACUGUGCAUGGAUGAUUCCACAUAUCCAUGGCCUUCGAAAGCGACCUUUAUCACAGACCUCCUCUUUGGUUCGACGCGCCUGCGAUUUUCAGAGGCACAGAAAAAAGCUGUGCUUAGUUGGGCGCGCGAAAUGGGCGCUCAAAAUGUGCCUACCUUGUAUGCGCUUCGCAAAGCUCAAGAUCAUGACUAUUCCAACCCUCUCACUCGCUUCUGCAUGCAGGACUAUCCUGAAGAUGGGAGAGGGAAUAUGUCUCAAGUGCACCACGGAUCGAAGAUGCUGCAUGAGCUUCCCGAAGAACUACUUGUCCCGUCUGUUUGCGUCAACGGCGGUAUCUACUUCCGGAAUGAGCUGCUUCAGUCGACAACUGGAUUCUUUAUUCCUACGCGUUUCUUUCAAGCCAAUAUCUCUAGUUGCGAUGCUGAACAAGCAUCAUUGCAGGUCCUUGCAUUGGGACAUCCAGUUGCAGGUUUUGCAGUAGAUCCCGAGCGCAUCAUAUUGGAAGUUUCGUCGUUUCAGCGGACCUACAUAGACUUGCAGGCUGACGUUCAUUUGUGCGGGUUUACAUCGACAUCGCAGCCCUUCGCUGCAAAAAUGCCCAACCCCCUGCGCGAAAAGUCAAAUGGUCGACUCGUCCUCACUGUUCCCCAAAUAAUCUUCAUGGACGAUGUCUCUGGGAAUGUGUCGAAGCAGUGGAACAAACACCACGCGGUGUACAUGUCUAAUGCCUCCAUGCCAUGCGAGAUGCUUGAAAAGGAAUUCUGUGUUCGUUUUGUGUCAUCCUCGCCGCAUGCUUCACCCAUGGAGAUCGCCAAAGCCGUCAAAGAAUCAAUCGAGGCUGCCGUGGAUGAGGGCAUUGUUGCGUACGACUGCAAAUACAAAGAUGAGGUGAUGCUCAUCCCCUAUGGCCUAUUUGACGCAGGAGAUAACCCCAUGCAGGCGGAAGAGUGUAGCCAUGGCGGUUUACACUGCAAUUACUUCUGUCGCACAUGCAAAGUAGGAGGUACGACGUCUGUGAAACAGUCUGAUGAAGGGUAUCUUAAAUUAUUUGAGAUUGGAGAGCUUCGUCGACCAGAAGAAACAAUUCAGCAGAUUCUCGAGCAGAUCGAGCUUUCAAAGUUGUCGGGUGGAACUACGAAAGUGCAGGCUGCUGUCUCGUCGACUGGCACCCAUGACACUACCUCCGCAUCAAUUGUGAACCGCCUCCUGGAACUUGGGAAGCGUCUGCGGAAACGAGAACCUGGCAAACCAGCGAUCAACGAACGAGAGGUCCGACAGACAUUGGAGAGGGAGUUUGAGGAAAUGCUGGGCGGUCUCCCCUACACACCGACAGAGAUUCUCCAUACCAUUCUCCUUGGCGUUGUGAAGUAUUUUUGGGGUCAGACUAUCUGGAUCCUCGACAAAACGCACCUCGUCAAGAUAUUCCAAACCAGAUUGGACAAUAUCAACAAAGACGGCCUUAAUUCACCCACUCUUGGUGCAGAGUAUAUCUGUCGGUACAGCGGUAGCCUGAUCGGCAAACACUUUAAGAGUCUUGCUCAGAUCAUGCCUUUUCUUAUAUAUGAUCUUGUUCCGUCUACUGUCCUGAAUGGAUGGGCCGUCAUUGGACAGUUGGUGGUCUUGCUGUGGCAUACGAGAAUUGAUGAUGUUGAGGAAUAUCUGGCUUGUCUUACGCAUACUAUUGACGAUUUCCUCAAUAUCUCAGUUCAGUGCGCACCUAGCAUCAUCCUCACCAAAUCAAAAUUCCAUUUUUUACUCCAUAUUCCGGCCUAUAUCCGAAGGUUUGGGCCACCUAUCUUGUUCUCAACUGAACGCUUCGAAUCCUUCAACCACGUCUUCCGACUCAGCUGCGUUCAUAGCAACCGUCAAGCUCUGAGUCGCGACUCAUGCAACGCGUUUGCAUACAAUGAUAUUCUCAAGCAUGUCACUACUGGGGGUUUUUGGAUGGAGUCGAAAAGCAAGCGGUGGGUGCACGCUGCUCCAGGUGUCCUCAACUAUAUUUCUGAUCACCCAGAGCAGCGGCACCUCUUGGGUGUUCCCACAGUGCACCAGAAUCAUCCAGGCAUGGCAACAGUUCCAACUUCAUCAAAGACCUCACCUGUGCCAUGGACAUCAACACGCUCAAGCAUGCUCCGGCCAGAGAUCAAGUCAUCAAACAAUGCCGUAUUUCAGGCGUCUUCGGUCAUUGCUGUGAACGGGGACAAGGUCGCCAUCGAAAAAUAUGCCAUUUUGCGUGGCAAUGGACAGCUGCCUGCUGAGAUGUCUAUCGGAAAGAUCGUCGAAAUCAUUGUUUCAGAAUCUAGCCCUCGUGUCGCAAGUCAUGUUGUUAUCCGGCCUCUUCAUUUUCUACCUGAUAUCCACCCCCAGUUGCGAUUACUUCAGUUGCAACUUGCUGAUGAAGAACACUUACUAUUUGCCCUCGCUAAUUUGCAUAUACUUCAGAACAUUUUGUCUGCUGUAAACGUACAGCAUGACUGCGCAUCAUCGAGCUGCGGCGAGUUUGUAUCUGUCAACAUACAACAAGAACGCACUGAGACGACAAAGACUAAGACAUCACUUGUCAUCCCCCAACCCCUUCACAUGGCAAUGAGCCUCCCUUUUUUGCCAAACUCACGAGAGGUACGGUUAAAAGCGGCAAGGACUGUCAGAGCAAAGAAGGCUGGAACCACAGACACAGCUGAAUGUACUGGAAGUGCCCCUCCAGUAUUUGAUCGUGCUACCCGUAAGCCCAAGCAAGGUGGGAAGGAUAAGAAGGGUCCCUCCUUUCAACCUCCUAUGCAUUCAUCCCUAGCACCACAACCAGUGGUCCAUCCACUUGCACAUUCGGCAUUCUCUAUCCCCCCAACGCCAGUACAUGUACCCGCUUCCCAUCAUCCUCCGAUGCCAGCAUAUGCAGGUACCUACCAUCACCCAGUACAUGUACCCGCUUCCCAUCAUCCUCCAAUGCCAGCAUAUGCAGGCACCUACCAUCACCCAAUGUACCCAGCGCCAUAUGUAUUCCCCUCUGUAUUCCAAGGCCCCCUUAUGUACCCACUUCCUUCCCCUACAAAUACUCAUUUUCACACGGGACUUUGA